AUGGUGCCAGUUGGCGAUGACCUUGAGGCCAACCGUACCCCUCAUUGGCCAGGUCAGACGAAGAAUGAUGGCAGUGACGACGGCCCCAAUGUCGAGGUUGCGGCUUCUGUCGAGCACAGGAAAGGCAUACCUUCAAGGUGGUACAGGAAAGUGCUUGAUGCUGGUGUCGAAGAGAAUGGGAUCCUGCCGGUGCCACCAGAAGAACGGACCCAGACCCAACACAGCAACCUGUUCACAGUAUUCUUCACAUGUCUCCUUUGCGUUCUACCGUUGCCUACCGGAGCCCUUGGCACGACCGUGUAUGGUCUUAAGCUUCGAGAUGUUUCUCUGAUCAUCCUCUUCUUCAACUUCGUGACAUGUAUCCCGCCAGCGAUCAUGGGAAUUGGAGGGUACCAGACUGGUAUGCGGCAGAUGAUUCAGGCUCGAUACUCUUUCGGCUUCGUGGCAGCACUGCUUGGAUAUCGAGCCAUCCACGCCUGGCAGCGAUGGCAGUGGCUUCCAAACUUGAUUGCCAUUGCCAUCGCAGCUGGUUGCGGAGGCAAGCAGCUCAUGCAACAGGUAGAGCAUGGACCAGCAACGGUCAAGGGCGUCAUUGGGUAUGGAAGCUUGAUGGCCGGAUACUUCAUGACCUUUGGCGGGACUGUGUCCGACUUUACCAUUUAUCAUGAUCCCAAAGAGCCAAAGCGCAAGGUAUUCACGUAUGUGUACCUGGGACUGUCGACUCCUGCAACGCCUCUUCUCAUACUCGGGGCAGCCAUUGGCGGUGCUAUCCCUAACAACGAGUCGUGGCAGACGGCGUGGGAUGUCUAUGGGGUCGGCGGUGUGCUGGCCGAGAUGCUUGCGCCGGCUGGCGGGUUUGGAAAGUUCGUUCUGGUCGUCCUUGCAUUGAGUGUCGUCGGGAACACGCUGAACUCCAUGUAUUCGGUGGCAUUGUGCUUGCAGAUGCUCCUCCCAGUCUUCACCAAGGUGCCUCGCUUCUUCUUCAUCAUUGUCACCCUGGCAAUCAUGAUUCCCAUGGCAAUCUAUGCGGCUGCUGAAUGGACAACCUCGCUUGAGAAUUUCCUCAGCGUCAUCGGGUACUGGGCAGGAUGCUUCGACGCCGUCAUGAUCGAGGAGCUUGUGAUUUUCCGGAAGAGAGACUAUAGCUCGUACGACCCAGAAAUAUGGAACAAGGGGCGAUAUCUUCCCACGGGAUUGGCAGCCAUGGCUGCCUCGUUGGUAAGCCUUGGGCUAGUCAUACCAUCGAUGGAUACGCCUUGGUUCACUGGACCCAUAGGAGAACGAAUCGGGGAUCUCGGUUUCGAGGCGGCGUUCGUCGUCACGGGGCUCGCAUAUUAUCCGCUGCGGAGCUUGGAAAUCAAGUGGACAGGUCGCGUCUGA